AAACAUGAACUUUCCCUCUAAGAACGGAGAGGGAAAAAAAAGAGCGAGAGUGAGAUGAAGACGGAGGCGCAUAAUCUACUGCAGAAGCUCCAUCGAAGAACCGAGAAGUGUAGCGUGGGGUGUCCCAUACUAGAUCGCUGUCUUAACGGCGGUAUACCAUGCAAAUCAGUAACGGAACUCGUCGCCGAAAGCGGAAGCGGCAAAACCCAAAUCUGUCUCCAACUCGUCCUCUCCGCUCAGCUUCCACCCUCCCACGGCGGCCUAUCAUCAUCAUCACUCUACAUACACACCGAAUUCCCUUUUCCCAUCCGCCGCCUAAAACAACUCUCCCGCAUUUUCAUUUCAUCUCAUUCCGAACUUCUCGGCUCCUCCGAUCCCUGUGACCGUGUUUUCCUCCGUGGCGUUCAUUCAGCCGACGAAUUCGUCGAUGCAAUGCCGGAAAUCGAGUUUUUCCUUACUUACUGGAAGGCUAGAUUGUUGCCUGUGAGAGUGAUUGUUGUUGAUUCUAUUGCUGCUUUGUUUAGGUCUGAUUUUGAGAACUCUAGUUUGGAUCUUAGAAAAAGGUCGUCGCUGUUUUUCAAGAUUUCGGGUGGAUUGAAGUCGUUGGCGGAGAGGUUUGGGUUGGCUGUGCUGGUUACUAAUCAGGUUGUUGAUUUUAUUGGUGAGGAUGAAGGUUUGAAUAAUGGAAUGAGGAUUGGGAAUUUUAGUGAGUUGUAUUCCUCGGGUCGAAGGGUUUGUCCUGCGUUAGGUCUUUCAUGGGCAAAUUGUGUUAACUCUAGGUUCUUUUUAUCCAUGGAUGACGAAUAUGAGGAGGGUGGUGGUAGGGUAACUAAAAUGAGAAGACUUAGUGUUGUUUUUGCUCCUCAUUUGCCUCAAUGUUCUUCUCGGUUUGUCAUCACCACAGAAGGUGUUUUCGGUGUGGAGAUGCAUAAAGGAAAUGUAUGAAUUAUUGUUAUUAUGUAUUUAUUUCCUGAUAUUUUCAAGAGGGAAAUAUAUGUAUGUAUUACCAUGGUAAGUGCUGUACAGAAAUUAAAAUAGAAUCAAUGGAAGAGGAGAAUUGGUUUUUGAGCAACAUCAGUUGUAGACAUGGUAAUGGAGAAGAUAUUGAAUUUUGGAGACAUAAAUGGAUCGAGUCCAAACCUUUGAUGGAGGAAUUUCCCAAGUUGUACUCCUUGUAUCAUUAAAAAUGGUAGUGUGGCCUUAUUGGGACAUUAGAAUUCAGAACAGUUGACUUGGGGUCUUGGAGGUGGAAUUCUAUAUUAUGCUCAAGAGAUACAAUUGCGGAUGUUGGAAUCAAUUCUAUCGGAGGUCAGACCAGAUUUAAUUGAUUGAGAUAGCUGGAGUUGGUCUCUGGAAAGCACCACUGGUUUUUCUGUUAACUCGUGUUAUAAGGUGUAGACUUCAAAGUGAAAUAUGUUACAAUUGGUGGAAAAAAGUUAAAACUUGCUAUUUGGGACACAG